UGCUCUACUCUGGUUCCUAUCGUGUGUGAUAUUUUUUUCCUUUUCCUCAAGAUCCGAAAAAAUGAUGACCCGGUUCGUGUCAGGAAUACUUCGUGUGCGACCACGCCACCAACGUGGACUGCUCCUUGGCGGAGAGUCUUUACAACCUCAACGACAAUUUCGGCAAAGUGGAGUCCCAAGUGGAGGUGGAAGAAGGAACAGAGGCUCCAGCGGAAUAAGGAACCACUUUGAUAUCCACUUCGGUCGUUCUCCACCUCUCCUUCCUCCCCUUUUAUCCCCCUCUCCCUCGUCCUCUCCAUUCUUGUUUUCUUUUCUGCUACUUCUCGAGCCUCAGAUUUUUUUGUGUGUGUUUGUUUCUUAUGCUUUCUGUUGGCUAUUUUGCUCAUACCUUUGUCUUUCUCUUUCUCCUUUUUUUUCAUCUUGUAUUUCUUUUUGUCCACUUCCUUGCUCCCUUAUCCUUUCUUCCUCAUUACCAUCUCCUUAACUAUUAUCUUCAUCUCUCUUCUUAUUUUUCUUAUCCCUUUCCUUCCCCUUCUUUCUCUUUCCUACCCCCCCCCCCCAACCCAGAGGACCUCGUCAACCCUGUCAUCCUCGCCUUACCAUUGCUGGCAUAUCUUAUCGUUAACAUAGGCUAAGUUGAUUUAACUUUAAGUGUCAAUACUUUCGUUUAUCUGGACUUAUGUUUACGUACAGGUGCCAUCUUUUUUAUUAUCAUUAUUAUUUACUAAACUGCUAGAAUAAACUUGCAUUGUCUGUUAAUGUAAACCUGAAGUCCUUCAUUGAUAUGGAACAUGGUGCAGACUUUUUUGAACAUUGUCUGAGAUAUAUAUUUUUUGAAUAAGUGAUAAGUUUGAUUGAAAAAAAAAAUGUGUGUUAGUAUUGUUUCGUGAUGUCUUAACAUUAAUGUUAAUGUUACUUCCAUGUGAGUUAUUUUUGAGAGAAAAAAAAAGUUUGUUAGGGUGGCAGAAACUUUGUUAAUAUUCCAAAUAGCUUUCGUUAUCUUUAGCUUCUAGUACAAUCACUUUUUUUUCGUUUCUAGUCGCAAAAGACUUCGCUAUUUUUGCCAAUAUGUACCUUAAAAGUGGGUGAUGUUACCACUGGUCUUUAUACAGUAUUUGGUAAGAAUAAAAUGUUUUCCUUUUG